UUUCCGUAUGACGGCAGGUGAAGGCGCAGUGCAGGACCUGGACUGUUGGACUGCUCUCACUUUGGGGAUCUCCUCCUCCAAGCUCAAACCAGCCGGACGGUCAGACUUUUCUCCCAGUUUUACUCGGUGGAAUGACAUUUCCUUGAACUGCUGUAAUGAGAUCCUCUGUCCUAGGAUCAGUCUUGGCUCUCCUCUUGCUGUUGCGGGAGCCUGCAUGCCGGGGUGAUGAGGUUACCGCCAUCACAGUGAACCCAUGCUGCUAUUUACCCUGCCAGCACUGGGGCGUGUGUGUGAGGUUUGGCGAGGACAAGUACGAGUGUGACUGCACUCAUACUGGCUACUACGGCGAAAACUGCACCGUCCCUGAGUUCUGGACCAGAGUGCGUCAGUUCUUAAAGCCCAGCCCGGAUACAGUGCAUUACAUUCUCACGCAUUUUCGCUGGAUCUGGGACAUCAUCAAUUACACCUUCCUACGCGAUUUUCUCAUGCGGCUGGUUUUAACAGUGAGGUCCAACUUAAUACCCAGCCCUCCUACUUUUAACUCAAAAUAUGGCUACCUCAGCUGGGAGUCCUACUAUAAUCUGAGCUACUACACUCGGCUUCUGCCCCCAGUGCCGGAGGACUGCCCCACACCUCUGGGGGUCAAAGGCGAGGCCGGUCUGCCCGACCCUGAGCUUCUGGUUGAGAGGCUGCUGAGGAGAAGGACGUUCAGACCCGACCCACAGCGCACCAACCUCAUGUUCGCCUUCUUCGCACAGCACUUCACCCACCAGUUCUUUAAGACCUACAACCGCAUGGGUCUGGGCUUCACCAAGGCUCUAGCACACGGGGUGGAUGCAGGCCAUGUUUACGGAGAUAACCUGGAACGUCAGCUCCUGCUCAGACUUCAGAAAGACGGAAAACUCAAGUAUCAGCUAAUUAAUGGCGAGAUGUACCCCCCCUCCGUAGCUGAGGCACCCGUUAAGAUGAGUUAUCCCCCUGGUACCCCUCCUGAGGACCAGAUGGCUAUUGGUCAAGAGGUGUAUGGACUCCUCCCUGGUUUGGGAAUGUACGCCACCUUGUGGCUGAGGGAGCAUAACCGGGUGUGUGACAUCCUGAAGGCAGAGCAUCCCACCUGGGAUGAUGAGCAGCUUUUCCAGACCUCACGCCUCAUCAUCAUUGGCGAGACAAUAAAGAUAGUGAUAGAAGAGUAUGUGCAGCACCUCAGCGGAUACCUGCUGCAGCUGAAGUUUGAUCCCACCCUGCUGUUUAACACCCACUUCCAGUAUGGGAACCGUAUCGCUCUAGAGUUCAGCCAGCUCUACCACUGGCACCCGUUGAUGCCCGACAUCUUCUUCAUUAACGGAGACAAGCUGUCAUACAGGCAGUUCCUCUUCAACACCUCCGUUCUAACACACUACGGCAUUGAUAAGCUGGUGUAUGCCUUCUCUCGGCAAACUGCUGGCCAGAUUGGCGGUGGCCAUAACAUCAAUGCUGUGGUGACCCACGUGGCUGUGGGGACCAUAAAGGAGUCCCGGCAGCUCCGCAUGCAGUCCUUCAACGAGUACAGGAAGCGUUUUAACCUCAAGCCCUACGCAUCAUUCAGAGAGUUCACGGAUAACAAAGAGAUAGCCCGCGAGCUCGAAGAGCUCUACGGUGACAUUGAUGCUCUUGAGUUUUAUCCUGGUCUGAUGUUGGAGAAAACAAGACCGGGCGCCAUAUUUGGAGAGAGCAUGGUGGAGAUGGGUGCGCCGUUCUCCCUUAAAGGCCUGUUGGGAAACCCUAUAUGUUCUCCUGAUUACUGGAAGCCCAGCACCUUUGGAGGCAAAGUUGGCUUUGACAUAGUGAACUCUGCCACGCUGAAGAAGCUUGUCUGUCUAAACACUAAGACGUGUCCUUAUGUGGCGUUUAGAGUACCAGCUGAGGAGCAAUCACAAGGAGGGAGUGAUGACAGUAAAGCAAGGACUGAUGAGCUAGCCAUCGCCAUGACGACUCUCGAUGACAAGCUCCUGGGAGAGAAGCUGCAGUACUACUACAGCAGCAGCGAGGACGAAGGCAGUGACAACGAGGAUGAGGAUGGGGAGAACAAGACCAUCCGGGACGCUGACGCAGAAGAGCCAGAGAUAGACUACAGUGCAGAUGGAAGUGCUGUAAACACAGGACCAAAGGGUGUCAUCAAUGACUGGAGGAAGUACAAGCAGCUGGAAGUUGAGCAGAAACAAGAGCAGAAGAAAGAGAUGGAAAGGCUGAUCAAGAAGCUGUCGAUGACCUGCCGCUCCGACCUCGACCUGGAAAAAGACAAAGAGAAACAGAAAGAGCUACAGGACAAAAUAAAAGGCAAAAUGACCAUGCAAGAGUACAACAUGCUGCAGGAAGAAGAGGACGAUGAAGACUUCCUCCAGCAUUACCGCAUGCAGCGCAUCGAGGAGAUGCGGCGCCAGCUGUGCCGUGGCAAGCGCUUUGCGCAGGUCUAUGAGCUUAACAGCGGAGAGGACUUCCUGGAGGCUUUGGACAAGGAGGACAAAAGCACGCUGGUCAUGAUCCACAUCUACGAACCGGAUGUCCCGGGCUGCGAGGCCAUGAGCGGCAGCCUGAUGUGUCUGGCUCAGGAAUACCCGCUGGUCAAGUUCUGCAGCGUCCGCAGCUCGGCCAUCAGCACCAGCGCACUGUUCAGAGACAGUGCUCUGCCCGCCCUGCUCGUUUACAAGGGAGGGGACCUCAUCGGCAACUUCGUGCGGCUCACAGACCAGCUCGGGGAAGACUUCUUUGCUGUAGACCUGGAGGCCCUGCUGCAGGAGUACGGCCUGCUGCCCGACAAGCCCCCCAUCGUCCCGAAGACGGUUCGCAAUGGAGCCAUCAUACAGAACGCUGUGAGCGACGAGGACUCUGACCUUGAUAUAGACUAGAGCCAUCAUAUCUCACAUGUAUAAUAUGCUUGGAAAACAUACAUACACAGUCUGCAUGGACUAUAGAUCAUUUUUAUGUAUGUGGACCCCCCCCCUUAGUGAUGACGGACUGAGCCAGGAUUGUCACAUUACCACAUGCACAGAAACAUCCAACCAGCACUGAAGCCAAAAGUUAAUGCAUACAAAACAUCAGUGACUUUAAUCAUGACAUCAUUCCAUUUUAUUUAAUAAAAGUCUAAUUUCUCCCUUUAUCAGUAGAGAUUCUACACAGAGUGAGAUUGAUGUAGAUGUUAGGUGUUAAGUGUUUUGAGUUUUUACUGUCUCCUAUUUAUUUGUUGUGUUGAAACCUGUUUCACCUCUUUUGUUUCAUGUGCAUCUUUAUUGCACUAAACAUGUUUCACUCUGUAGAAUACGAAAACCUUCAGUCAGAACCGACUUUUAGUUGAUUUUAUAACUUUUAUAUGUGCUGUACCAUUUCAGAUAGUGUGAAAAAUAAACAAAUGUUUGGACUCGC